AAACAGACAGAAUCGGAAAUAAAUUAAUGAUCUCGCGCAAACGGAGGCGCGCGCUCGCGCUCGCGCGCAGACACCCCUCCCCCUCCGACUGCGCGCUGACGUCACCGUGCAGCAGAAGAUGGCGGCGCGUGAGAAGGCGGAAGGUUUCGUGCUGGAGUUUGAGACAGUGUGGAGUAUGUGACCACCCCCUGCAGGCUGGAGAGAGUGAGUGUAUCUCACCAUGAACAAUAAGGACAGCACCACAGAGUCCGAGAAUAAUCGCCAGAUGAAGGUGUUUCUGCCCAAUAAGCUGUUGGAGUGUUUACCCCGGACGAGCACUCUGCCCAAAGAAAGACUGCGCUGGAACACCAAUGAGGAGAUUGCAUCAUACCUGAUCUCGUUUGACAGACAUGAAGAGUGGCUCUCCUGUACACUGAAGACCAGGCCGCAGAACGGCUCCAUCUUCCUCUACAACAGGAAAAAAGUGCAGUACCGCAAGGAUGGAUACUGCUGGAAGAAGAGGAAAGAUGGAAAGACAACAAGAGAGGAUCACAUGAAGCUGAAGGUGCAGGGCACGGAGUGUCUGUAUGGUUGUUAUGUCCAUUCCUCCAUUGUCCCUACAUUCCACAGGAGGUGCUAUUGGCUGCUGCAGAACCCGGACAUCGUGCUGGUCCACUAUCUGAAUGUGCCGAGUGUGGAGGACAGUGGGAAGGCAUGUGGGCCGGUUCUUUGUGCCGUCGCUGACCGCCGGGACGGACUCCGCUGGAGCCGCGACGAGCUCAUCUCGCAGCUCAAACCCAUGUUCCACAGUAUGAAGUGGUCCUGUGGGAAUGGGGCAGAGCUCUCUAUAGAGCAGCUGGUGCAGCAGAUCCUGGAGUCGCAACAGACCAAACCCCAACCACGCACACACACCUGCCUCUGUAACCACGGUUCUCCUGGAGUGAACAUUCCUCACCGGUGUAACAGCACCAAACAUCGGAUCAUCUCCCCCAAACUGCCGAGCCGCCCCUCCCCCUACCCCGCCCUCACCGAGGUGCAGAACCUCACCAAUGAGGGCUCAGGGGGCGGAGCCAGCAGAGAGGCUGGGGCGGGAGAGGCUUCGUCUGGAGGCGCAGCCUCUGAAAGAGCGCCUCCUUCUGUUAGGCCAGGAGGCUCCAGCCCGGCGGUCGCCGCGGACAACGGGAACAUGUCCUCCCCUUCCUCCUCCUCAUCCUCUUCCAGCCCGCCCCAAACUCAGCGCGCGGCAACUAUCGCCCUUAGCAACGGAAACAGUUUUUACAGUGACCAGCGCAGCGGCCUGGCAACCGUGGCCUUGCCGCAGAACGCUUUGAUCGUCAUGACAACAGCAGCACUGGGGCGGGGUGGUGAGGAGUCUAAAGGUGAGCUGGGCUCUGCCCACCUGUCACUCACACAUGCCGGUGGAAGAAUAGUCCUAUCACCUGUGCCACCCAAACCGGACACGCCCUCUCCUCCAACUGCUGCCUCCCCACCCAGCCCAGCCCCGCCCCCUCACUCAGUGUCGCCUAGUCAGGGUGUGGCUACUUUGUCACUUACUCUCCUGCAAAGCCCUGUGAUAGGAGGACUUCUGCUGACGGAUCGCAUCCUUUCAGACGCGUCUGGCGCUUUGCUCCGCCCACCCUCACCGUCUCCCUCCUUAAUGGCUCCACCUCCGCCAGCGACAGACUCCCCCCCUGCCGCUGGCCCUACUCCCUCUGCCCCACUGCCCUUCGACCCCGACUCAUUCCUCAACAGCCCCAAACAGGGCCAAACCUACGGAGGCUCCUCCCUUACCCCGCCCAAUCAGGCGAAUAACCCCAGCGCGUCCUGCCGGACCCCACCCCCUUCUUCCUCUCCUCAGCCUCCGUCUCUGGCGCUCUCUCUCUCCCCAAUUUCUCCUCCCUCGUCCCUCUCUUCUCUCUCUCCCCCCACCUCCACCCCCAGCUCGUCCUCUCUCUCUCCCUCACUCUCGUUCUCUCUCUCCCCCUCAUGCCCUGCCCGCUCCCUCCCCCCGCUGUGCCUAGACUCUUCCCUAGGCCUUGAUUCGCUGACCCGCCCGCUAAGCCCCGCCCUUGGCGAACAGGGCACUUCGUCCCCAUUGGACGCAGCUCACCAACGCUCUGCCUCCCGGUAUCCAGACGCUAACGGACAAGCCCUGCUAAUUGGAAGGGAGAACGGUGCCCCGCCCAGUCCUCUGUCACUAAGCCAGCUACAAGCCAAUCAGCUUUUGCCUUCACAGCACUCGUCAACCAAUCAGCAGGCGAGCCAUCUGUCAGGCAGUCAGCUCCAACUUAACCAAACUAUACCCAAACAGCUCUCACCCAAACAGCGACAGACCAAUCAGCCGCCAGCUCACGCAGAGAGGGCGGAGUUCAGGCCUAACGAGGCUCAGUCUGACCUCCUGAUGACCCACCCCCCGCGGCCGCCGGUCCGGGGUCUGAGGCACAGCCUGAGUCAGCCAGCUCUGUUCACACACUCCGACACACACACUAACACACACUCGCACGCGCACACACACGCUGGGAAUGCCAGUCCGGUCCGAGUGAAAGAGGAACCGUCUCCGCCCAUCAACGCCACCGUCCUUCGAGAGCUCGAACCCGACGAGACGCCCAUGGACACUGCCAACAGCUCAGACCCCACCCACCCCGGCGGGGGGGAGACGGAGCUGUCGUUUGACUCCACCUUCCCAGACCUCAUAUCUGAGCUCAUCACUGAGGAGACGAGUGCUCCUCCUGCUCCAGCCCCGCCAGCUUUCCCAGUCAGGUACAUGGUCCCGCCCCAGCCGAUGCCCUCCACCUCCUUCCUGCCCUACUCACUCCUCACGCCCACACACACACUACCCCACGCGCAGCACUCUGGACCACCCGAAGAGACCCCACGUCUGGCCAGCAUCACCGACUUCUCCCCUGAGUGGUCUUACCCAGAGGGUGGGGUGAAGGUGCUGAUAACUGGCCCGUGGUCAGAAGUGAGUGGCCGGUACUCGUGCAUGUUUGAUCAGAGUAUAGUACCUGCCUCGCUGAUCCAGCCAGGUGUGCUGCGCUGCUACUGCCCAGCUCAUGAAGCUGGCCUGGUGGCUCUCCGGGUGAUGAAGGAUAUGGACGCUGUUUCCUCGUCUGUUCUGUUUGAGUACCGCGCUCGUAACGCCGCGUCUCUGCCGAGCUCUCAGCUCGACUGGCUUUCACUGGACGAUAAUCAGUUCCGGAUGUCCAUCUUGGAGAGGCUGGAGCAGAUGGAGAGGAGGAUGGCAGAGAUGGCCAACAACAAUCAACAGCAACACCAGCAGCAGCAGAACCACCAACAGCGGCUUUCACGGCAACAGAGUUUACCUGCCUCCCCCCCGCGCCUCACACCUGAAAACCAGUCUGGACCGUGGUUUGAGCGGCGCAUCAUCAAUGUGUGUGAGCGGAUGAUGAUGGGGGGCCGGUGGGGGGGCAGUGGAGGAGAGAGGCUCACACACUCGAUCAGACACAGAGGGAUGACUCUGCUGCACCUGGCCGCCGCACAGGGAUACACACAGCUCAUACACACACUCAUACAGUGGAGGACUGUUAGUGCUGAUAGUUUGGAUUUGGAGCAGGAGGUGGAUCCCCUCAACGUUGAUCACUUCUCAUGUACACCACUGAUGUGGGCGUGUGCUUUAGGUCAUCAGUCGGCAGCAGUGUUGCUGUACCGGUGGAGCAGCGUGGCUCUGGGUAUUCCUGACUCUCUGGGGCGCCUCCCGCUGGCCGUGGCCCGUUCACGAGGACAUACGCGCCUCGCACGCUGCAUCGAAGAGCUGCACACAUUCACACAGGCUCAGGAGCUCACACACACUCACACUCACACACUCAGCCUCGACACGUCGCCGCCGCCACAGAUUCCACUGUCUCCACUGUCCACCAGCCCCGACACGGGCUUGAGUUCGUCCAGUAGUAUUCCAUCUCCCAGUGAACCGCCCUCUCCCUCACCAAGCUCUGCCUACUCCAGUGGCUCUGUCCCACCCACCUCCCCUCUGUCCAGCCCCCCUGACCCCAUGGACACCUCUAGUUCCUCUCCUUCCUCCCCAGUGUCUUGGGAAGCGUUGGGAGGGGCAGGGUCUGGUCACUCCCCCCCACACACACAACCAGACUACACACACUCUCACACACACUCCCCCUUUGAGGCCGAGCUGCUGAACUACAGUGAGAACGCCGAGAAUGAGGACUACCUGCCUGCAGAAGUGCUACAGGUUGACAUGGCGACACUGGCAGAACAGAUAAUCGAGGCGACACCAGAGCGAAUCAAACAGGAGGAAUUCCCUAGGGAGGCGGAGUCUCCGCUCAGAGAGAGGCGAGACAAUCCUGCCAUUCAUGACACCAUGCCUUGGCUUGCACCAUACCUGGACACUGUAGACAGGUGUAUGUGUCCAACCCCCCAGCCACCCUCCCCUCUCAGUGCACUGGCCUUGCAGAGGCUCCGCCCCCCGAGCAGCGCUGCGUGGGCGGAGUUUCUGAAUGCCUCAGCCAAUGGCAGAAUGGAGAGAGACUUCGCUCUGCUCACGCUGACGGACAGCGAACAGAGAGAACUAUACGAAGCAGCACGCAUCAUCCAGAAUGCAUUCAGGAGAUACAAGGGGCGGAGGCUGAAGGAGCAGCAGGACAUGGCGGCUGCAGUUAUCCAGCGAUGCUACAGGAAGUACAAGCAGCUAACAUGGAUUGCGCUGAAGUACGCUCUAUAUAAGAAGAUGACCCAGGCUGCAAUCCUGAUCCAGAGUAAAUUCAGGAGUUAUUACGAGCAGAAGAAGUUCCAGCAGUCUCGCCGUGCCGCGGUGCUCAUCCAGCAGUACUACCGCAGCUACAAGGAGUAUGAGCGGCUAAAGCAGGGGCCCCGAGGGGCCAACACCCUCACCACCAAGAUAAAAGGCUCGUUCCUGACGAAGAAACAGGACCAGGCGGCUCGCAAGAUCAUGCGCUUCCUCCGCCGCUGCAGACACAGGAUAAAGGAGCUGAAGCAGAGCAAGGAGCUGGAGAGGCGGGGCCUUACCACCUGAUAUACACACACACACA